AUGACGUCAACUUCACCACGGAUCGCUGGUCUUGUAACAAACGGCUCGAUAUCAUAUUACUUGAUAGUCUACGGUUCCAGCAUCUAAAAACACAAACAAUCAGACUGUACUACUACGACCGAUUCAAGAAUGUUAGUAAAGAAUUUAAUUGAUUCAUUCAAUGCCGUCAUCUACAGCUUCACCUAUGGCUUCACAGACCCACGUUAAACAGCUCAACUUUUUCGAAGAUCAGAAAACAUGCCGCAUUUCAUCCACCUUGAUGCUUCAUUCGGCUUUGGUUCAGCGUUGCUGAAAAACUCGCGAAGGAGUGGAAAUCCCCCAACAAGUUGAUCAAGGUUUUUAUUAGGCUCAAUCGGUGAUCAGAGAUACGACGACUCGAGUCUCUUCUAUCCGCAGGCGGAGAUCAGAUCGCGGCGGGUAAAAAGGGCCAUGGACGUCUCCAGCAAGGGGGAGAGAAAGAGUUCGAUCAACGACCGCAGAGUAGAGCGAAGUCACAACUUACUACAACCGCAUCCAGGGAUGAUCGGUGUUGGAUCUGGUGCGUCGAGGAAUAUUGACUAUCAAUCGAAGCCGUAGGCAACGGAACCUGCUAGACAUCUUAGGCAAGCUGCCGUGUAGAUUCGAAUCAUCAGCAAGGCCGCAACGAGCCUGGCACCAUUGGCAGCAUGUUCCACGUCGCUGAGUUACGAGAUACGGUGGCCUUGAAGCCGACCGAGCUCCUACAUCCUGAAGACCAACAAGAACAACUUCAUGCUCUGCUGAAGCAAAAACUCAAUGCGAAAUAUGCCAAAAAAAUUAUUCCGCAAUGUGGCCUUGGUACUACGACCAAAUCUUACGUUAUAAUUUACAAAACAAGAUUCUCCCACGCUAAACGCAGUCUGCUGGUCUUUAAGGAUAGAGUAUUGCUCACUCGAUGCUCUAUGCUGCUUCUACUGUUCCGGCUCAGUCGUGGUUGCUUUAUGCUACCGAUUCUCUACUCACUAACAGGCAUCGUCGUCUCUAUCGUCAGUAGUUGACAAAAAUCUUACUGGUGCCUACUCUACUGUGCGUACUCUACUCACUACCUUCAGGCAUCGCCGUGGAGCGGAUUUGCAGCCAAAAUGCUGGCAUUAUUCAGAGGUCAGAGGGUGUGCGAACCGAGCAUCUUGUAUAUUUCACAGUGAAGUUUCGGCUGCUCGUGUUCAGACCUAGUAAAGGUACCAUACUGGAGGUCUGCAUCAAGAAGCAGUGUCCGCAAGGUGGCAUCCGUGCGUCUCUUGGAGACUGGUUUCCCCACAUCUACAUCCCGCCAGAUAUGCUGCAGAAGCCGUGUCGCUGGACAACACAAGUUAAGGCUAACCACGCUGCUGCAUGUCCUGAACCCAAUGAUCGUCCUUGGCUCUUUACUUGAAAACGAAGCCAAGGAUAGGACGCUCAGGUGACACCAGCAUGCAUGCGCGGCAGCUGGCUCUAAACAAACUAGUGAGCAGCAUGGACGUAGUGAGGAUGGAGCCCAAGGCUGCUGGGCUUGGGACUAUCUACAAGCUGAGUACGUUGAGACAACGGAGGAAAGGACUGACGCCGUAGAUUAAGGCUUGAAAGUUGGCCUAUCAACAUCUAAGUAGAGCGUCUAUAAAUAUGUCUUCUUCAUGGUGAGGAAAACCAUAGACACACAUGCGACCUACUAGAGAGGGGCCAACUUUCAACCUCUACUAAGUAGAGGCGCUCACUUUCGAAGUCGGGAAAAUAAUUCGGGUGCGGGUCAAUAGGAUUCAAUUUGGCGUCAAUGGAGUGCUGAUGAAAGUAAUAUGCUCAUGCAACGGGGAUGGCCUCGGCGUACUCGAAUGGUGGGACGAAGAUAAUGCUGAGGAAGUAGAGGCUAACUUGAUGCCGGAUGACAGUGAACAAGAGCAUCAAGACAACACUGUCGAUGCGCAAGAACAGGACAACUACACGACUGUCAAAAAUCAUGAAGAUGAACAGAUGAAGAAUGUAGUAGAGCCACACGACCAAGUAGUUUCAACGUCUCUAAUAGGAGGCGAGGCAACCGAAGCGAUGGGAGACGAAGCCGCAGUAGAAUGCGUAGGUGAGGGACGGGCAGGUUCUAGAAGUAAACACGCGUCGUCUUCUACCAAAUACGAAAAAGCGUCUUCUUCUAAUGACUCUGAUGAACUUGAUGCUUUGACUGGCCUUGAAUUCCAAGCGGAGGAUUCUACCUUAAAAGCACCUUCCAAAGAAGUAGGUACUACUAGUAAGCGGCAAGCCAAGAGGUCUUCAACAGCUCUCGCAGAGGCUGACUGCUCCUCCUCUUCGUCGUCGUCGAAGAUGAAGAAAAAGAAAACUACAAAGAAAUCCUCAAGUCCUCUACUAGCAGAUGCGGGACCUCCCAACAGAGGCAAGGACGAUGCUCCUGGUUCGACGCUGCUUCGAGAGUUUCACGCUGCUCCUCCUCCUGUAGGAGAAGAAUGCGACGCAUUGACAGACCUUGGAUUCGGAAUGGAGGGAAGCAAAGCGCAAGGACAAGGAACUACGCUAGCCACCAUAGAUGAGAACGCUACUGCGUUCUUUCAUCAGUCUUCGAGCUAAGGACUACACCUGAAAAGUUGAUGAGAUGAAUGCUGCCAUUCAUUUUUGCUUAGAAGAUUUCAUCUGACAACAUGCUACCAACCAGAUGAAUGCUGCCAUUCAUUUGCUUAGAAGAUUUCAUCUGACAACAUGCCACCAACCAGAUGAAUGCUGCCAUUCAUUUUUGCUUAGAAGAUUUCAUCUGACAUGCCACCAACCCUCCCCUCUUCCUAACCAUCUCCUCUCGCUCUCUCCUGCUCAAGAUUAGCCUGUUGAGACUGUUUCAUCAUGCACUUCUGCUAAGAAGUAGGAGCUCCUAUAGUCACGCUGAAACUGACCAUGUCAAGGGUGUCUUCCUUCACUCAAG